UUCCCCUGAGAAAGAAAGAAAGACAAAUCGGCAGAAAGCGAAGCAAACCGGCGGUUCCUGGCCCCUCGCGAUGGCCGGCAAAGCUAGGGUGUUCAUGUGCGCGUCGCUCGUCGUCCUCCUGCUCCUUGUCGAGACCACCGCUCCGAUUGGACAAGCUCACGCCGUCGAUUGUGGCGGCGCGUGCUCGUACCGGUGCAGCAAGUCGAGUCGGCCGAAUCUGUGCAACAGGGCGUGCAACACGUGCUGCCGGCGCUGCGACUGCGUGCCGCCCGGCACCGCCGGCAACGAGGACGUCUGCCCCUGCUACGCUCACAUGACCACGCACAACGGCCGCCACAAGUGCCCGUGAUCGAACCGCCAACGACAAUAAUAUCACAUCAAGCUAGCUACGAUCAACGACAACUAGACUACCACUCUACCAGAGGCACGAUCGAUAUGAUAUCAUGUACACAAACUAGUGCUGCUACCUAUUGAUCUUGUGCUCAUCCAUUCGUGAUCGACCCAUCGUAUAAUCAUAUGCUUGCUAUUUCAUUCUCA